UCGGGUAACAAUCGUCUCAUCAUUGUCCACUCUCUCAUCGUCCGUGCCGCCAGCUAUCCUCGUCAAGCCGCUGGCAUAUCGGACUCGGAGGACUGUAGCAAGAUUACCAAGGGAAUUUGUUGUCAAAACCGCAAGGAAAAGAGUAGAUUCCUCCCUUAUCGGUCCCUUGUUGUCAUAUCCUUUCCCCUCUUGAGUCAGCUCCGCUCCGCUCGCCGUGUGGAUCAUCAAUAUGCCCCGCGCACCUCAUCUGCUUUUUCCUCUAAGGUCGUAUUUCGUAACGGGAACACCGAAGUGUAUGGCGUCGAAAUCAAGCUUUCUCGAAAAAGUGAAAAAAAGAGACAAAAAAGCCUUCUGAAAAAGAAAACAAAAAUCGGCGGUAAUUGUACAUUAUCUUAA